AUGGGUCAGUUCUUCUCUGAUACAUCUAAGAGUGAAGACAAUGAAGGAGAUUUGGUGUCUAGCUUCAAUGCCUAUUUUAAAAAGAGAAAUACAAAAACCAAAAUUAUUUCUCCGGAAACUAUCCGUUUAAUAGAGUUACACCUGAGCAAAGGAAACAUUCUUGGAGCAAGUGAUUUAAUCAGUGAUGCAUUAAAAAAUAUUGAGAGUAUCCCAAUAAAUAUUGCUGUGACAGGGGAGUCAGGAGCAGGGAAAUCCAGCUUCAUCAAUGCACUGAGAGGGAUUAGACCUGAAGAGGAAGGUGCAGCUGAAGUUGGGGUAGUAGAGACAACUAUGGAGAGAACUCCUUACCAACAUCCCAAAAUUAAAACUUUGACCUUAUGGGACCUGCCUGGUAUUGGAACUCAGAAAUUCCCACCAAAGACUUAUUUGGAGAAAGUGAAAUUCGAAGAAUAUGAUUUCUUCGUUAUUGCUUCUGCCACACGUUUUACAAAACUUGAAUUAGACCUCGCCAAAGCAAUCAGAAUUAUGAAAAAGAAUUACUACUUUGUGAGAACCAAGGUGGAUUUUGAUUUAGAAAAUGAAAAGAGAUCCAAACCACGUACUUUUGACAGAGAAAAGACCCUGGAGAAGAUCCGAGGCUAUUCUGUGAAUACCUUUAGUAACAACAACAUGGAUGUACCACAGAUUUUCUUGAUCUCUAGCUAUAAUUUAUCUGACUAUGAUUUUCCAGUCCUGAUGGAUACCCUGAUUAAGGAUAUCCCUGCUCAAAAGCGCUACAAUUUUAUGCUUUCCCUGCCUGACAUUACAGAAGCCGCCAUUGACAGAAAGCACAAAGCUACGCAGGAGUUUGUCUGGCUAGAAGCCUUCAAAACUGGAGCUUUGGCAACUAUUCCUGCACUGGGCAUCCUCAGGGAUGAUGUGGAGAAGCUAAGGCAGAAGUUAAAGAACUACCGACAACUCUUUGGAGUAGAUGAUGAAUCUCUGGAGUUUAUGGCUAAGGAUUUCCAAGUGCCUGUUGCACAACUGAAAGAAAUACUUAAGUCUCCUCAUUUGUUGAAGACUGACAGAGAGGAAACGUUACAAGACAAGCUAUUGAAAUAUUUAGAGAUAUUUGCAUCAGCUAAUGGUGGGCUCCUUGCUACAGGUCUUUACUUCAGGAAAACUUAUUAUUUACAACUUCAUUUCCUUGACACAGUGGCUGAAGAUGCCAAAGUUCUCCUUCAAUGGAAAUAUUCAAAACACUAGUUCAAAUUCAACUUAUCCACAGCUUCUGACUCUGACAACAUCAAGUGGUCAAUAUCAGGAAGUCACUAAGGAAAUUCCCCCUCUGAUAGCUUUUCUUUACACCCAAUCCACUACCACCAUGGAAAAGCUGAGGAUAAAAACCAUGUGUCUUAAUAUGCCAGAACCUGACAAUCCCCAAUCCUUCUUCAGUUUUUAAUUUCUCUCAUAUCAUUUUCUCUUUACACUACACAUACAUACGUGAAUACAUAUACACAUGCAUACACACGCACAUGCACACACAAAAACAUGCCAGUGAACAUGCAAAUGCAUACACACAAAAGAUACAAUAGGUGUUUUGUAGCCAUUUGCCCCUAAUCAAAACAUCCUAACAAAGUUUCAGGAAGCUGAGGUCUCUAUGCUGAGUACAUAAAACACUUGGCAUGUGUGUUGGUU